UCGACGUCACCAGCUCCUCGUCCACGCCGCCGCUGCUCUGUUUGAAUGGCAGGAAUAGUGACAGAACCUGAACACACCGGCGACAUCCCGUUGCCAACGUCGAACACUUUUAUUCAACUACGCGACACAUUUAUGGAUGUCUAAGACCAGAGAGUCACUGCUGUGCGGAAGAGUUAGCAUCAAGUCUUCCUUUCUUUCUUCUGGAGCAUCACCGGUCCAGUGCACUGCUGAAGCUUGGCUGCUGUCUUCAAGAAUUUGUUGUACUCCCAUUUCCUCCCUAACCCGUGGGCAUCAAUCCAUUCACUCUAAGCCCUCAGACUGACAUACAGACCCAGGAGUUUUCUGCACCACCAGCCAUCAGUAGAGAGUCUGUUGGAUAAGAACAACAUCCUUUGGCCAUUCAGGACAUCAUGCACAUCUGGUCCAGUCAUGGCUGCACGUCCUCCAUCUUCACCCUGUUCCACUCAGUCGUCUUCCUGUUGCUGGCUGCACUACUGUGCCCUGGGGGCCUGGUGGCCAGUCAAGCAGAUACCCAGACACAGACCCCAGCAGAGGUGCUGCAGGACUUGCUGGACCGCUAUGGCGAUAACGGCACCAUCACCGUGCCGCAGCUGCGCUCCCUCCUUUCGCUCCUCAGCCAGGGCCAGGCGGCUGGAGAUCAUAGAAAUAGCAGCGUGGCAGAGACACCAACUAGUGUGACACCGAAACUGAACAGCUCCAAGUGUUUGUCUGCGGACAUUCUGGCCGUCUACAGCAUGGGUGAGCAGUCUCGCCUGGACGGUCAGGGUCUGCAGGAGCUGUGUCCUACCAUGCUGCAACAGUUGGACGCUGGAACCUGCAGGGCUCAGAAAGAGCAGCAGCUCAGUGACGAGACCUCUCCUCGACCCAGUGGUGGUGAAGUGUGGGGCUUUGCUUUCCUGAGCGUGACAUUGGUCAAUGCCUUCGCGCUCAAUGGAAUCUUGGUUGUGCCUCUGAUGAAGAUGCGCUGCAUGAAAUAUGCGCUGUCCUUUUUCAUCGCUCUCGCCAUCGGCACACUCUACUCCACCGCCGUCCUGCAGCUGCUGCCAGAGGCCUUUGGCUUUGACCCCUUGGUGGAUUUCUAUGUGUCCAAGAGUGCAGUAGUGUUUGGGGGCUUUUACCUCUUCUUCUUCACUGAAAAAAUCCUGAAAGUGCUUCUCAAACAGAAGAAUGGGAGCCACGGUCACAGUCACUACUCUCACGGCAAUCAUUACCCGACACCGGACCAGAACGGGGAGGAAGGUGAGAAGGAGAAGCUGCAGCAGAAUGGUGAAGCGAGUAAUCUAGCUCUGGGAAAAGUGGACGCUGGAGAGGGAGAGUUGAUGCUGAGUCCUGCGCAGACGCCACAGGAUGCAGAGAAUCCAGACAGUGCAGGGCACUCGGGACGUAGGGGAGGUGGAGGCUGCUAUUGGCUGAAAGGGACAAACUACUCUGACAUCGGCACUCUGGCCUGGAUGAUCACGCUGAGCGACGGCCUGCACAAUUUUAUAGAUGGCCUGGCCAUUGGUGCCUCCUUCACUGCCUCUGUCUUCCAGGGCAUCAGCACAUCGGUGGCCAUUCUUUGCGAAGAGUUUCCACACGAGCUUGGAGACUUUGUGAUUUUGCUGAACGCAGGCAUGAGCAUACAACAAGCCCUUUUCUUUAACUUCCUCUCGGCCUGCUGUUGCUACCUGGGCAUGGGUUUCGGCAUCCUGGCCGGCAACAGCUUCUCACCCAACUGGAUCUUCGCUCUUGCUGGCGGGAUGUUUCUCUACAUCGCCCUGGCAGACAUGUUUCCGGAGAUGAACGAGGUGAGUCGUGAGGAAGAGGACGCAGGCGGCAGCAGCUUCCUCCUCGCCUUUGCUAUCCAGAAUGCCGGGCUGCUGACGGGCUUUGCCAUCAUGCUCCUUCUCACCACCUACUCGGGACAGAUACAGCUGGGUUAGCCCUCGGUGCCACUGGAAAGCUGUUUGUUUUUUGCUUAAAAAGACUGAUAUCAGCAGGUUCUGGACAGAGCAAGCUACUAAAGUGGAAGUUGAUGGAAAACCCCUCAAAACUUGGCUUAUAUAAUAAUCCACUUGAUAUCAGGGAGUAGGCCUGAUGUGCGGCAGGUACGCACAACCGCUCCAUCAGUUCUCACAUGCAGUACAUGAAGAAUGGGUGGCAUCGGUUCUUGAACAAUGAUCCCCUUUAUUUUUGAGUGAAAGUGUGAGCUGUGAAGGUGAUUCCUCAAUUAGGAUGAAAGGCUUUCAAUGUUCCCUGUCAUUUUUGAUGUUCUGAGCGGAGCUGCAUCCACACUGCUAUCUUUUUGUCUCAGCUACUCUCCUGAGUCUUCCCUCUGUCCGAAGCUGGGAUUGUCUCCAGCCCAGUGUGAUCCUGGAGAACCACCUCUUUUUAGCAGGAUGCACCUGAAAUCCCUCAGAAGUGUCCUAUACACAUCCUAGUUCCUCCCUGCUGUAACUGUCCUUAGCUGGACUCAUGAGUCCUUGUUUUAAAAACAUCUUUUUAAUUAAAAAAAAUCUUUUUUGAUGGCAUCAUUAAGGGUGUUUCUGGAGCUUGUAGUUUUACAAUAAAACUUGGUAGUGUGGAUGCAGGCUGAGCAUCAUCAUACAAGUUAGUUCAUCAGAAGAUUCUGUGCUUGUUUCCGUUAUGCAGUGUGCUGGCAGCGGCCUCUGUUUUUAUGAUGGGAGACGGCGAUGAUCCUGAACCGAACAUGCAAUCCGUGGGAACCCCUCAGAACCUCACUGGACAGCAGCUGUUUUAGCUUGACUUUCUGAGGUUCCUAAUGAACCUGACUUGUUGAGGUUUAUUCUUCAGAAGCACAAUCAGGGAACGAUGGCUGUAUUCCUCAUGUUCUCAUGAAAGUUUGUUUCUUCUUCAGAAGACAUGUUUACCUCCUGCAUCUCUUUGCAUACCAAAAAGAAAUCUAGACCUGGAUGUAUAAGAACACUCUUCUAAUUGACCGUUGCUUGUUUAUGUUUCAUGUGUAUCCAUCUGAUGACCAAAAUAUGGGGAAGGGCUACCAUGGUUUGGGAAAAAUAAUGGAGAUUUAAAAGGGUCGGGCUCUGUUUUAAUACAUAAGAGUGGUAUAUAAACUCUUGAUUUAGGGUUUAGAACCCCAUUUCUCCAUACCACAUGUGCCCUUUACACUUGGUUUCAUACUUUACUGCCUUGACAUUACUAUUGUUUUUUUUUUUCAGUUAGUGGGGUUAGCAAUAACAUAUAUAUAGUACUUUAGAAAUGAGAUUAAAUUCUGUUUAAAUUAAGUUCUAAUUCAAACACAAAAAUUGAAUGGGUUUGGUGUUGCAUUGUUGAAUUUCUGUGUUGAUGAGAAAGGAGAAACUUACGGUACACAACAGUGUUCCAACCUGGAAGAGAAGUGUUGUUGUGUUGAAAGGAAGCCAUAAAUGGAUGCAACUUCUAAACUUCUGGAAAGACUGACAGGAGCUUAUGAACCUAUUGCCCGUUAUUAUGGCACUACGACUUGAGCUAAACUUUCCUAUCAAUAGUUGAAAUAAUCCAUUCAGAUUAUUUGAUACUGACAUGGCCACAUUAAAAAAAACAUCACUUUUUGCUGCUAUAGAUUUUGAAGAUCUAUAUGACAUAUAUUAUGUACAUGUACAUACGUCACUGAAUUCGCAGUAGGCUUUAAGUGGCUUUUGGAAACAAACAUUUUAUCUGUUGAGGAAGUGAGUGCUGUUUCUGUGGAGCCCACUUGUUUAUGUGACCUCAUGUUGACCUAUUUUCAUUGCAGUGUUUGAUAUCAACUUGCCUCAAAAGGUUUCUGCUCACACUUGGUUCAAGCAUAUCUUUUCAACUGACACAGUUGAAUAUUUUUUUGAAACUCAUUCUAAACUUGCCUACUGCUGGUAUCAUGACAGUUUCUGUGAAAUUGAUGGGAUUAAAAAAAAGCUUGUGAGGCUAAUUUAACAUCAACAAAGAUCAUCAUUGUAACUGAACUGCCUUCCACAUCAUCAGUGUCAUACUUAGCCAUAGAUUUGUUUUCACAUUGACUUUGGUAACUGGAAGCCAUGUUGGUCAUGACAACUGACGUUCGGUUCAUAUGUGUGGAGUCCAGCAAGUGAGACCGACUGUCGGAUCUGCUGCUUGAUGUUGUACUGAUGAAUCUGGGAUUAUUUAUAGUUGUUUGAGCCAUAAAAUAUUUAUUUUAUGCUUUAUUCCUGAAAAUAAGAAGUAGCUUAGCUUUAGACUACAAGCCAUGAAUGCAAGCAGAGAUAUUUUUGUUAGUUAGUUUUGAUCAUGUGUUUUGUGUCUGUUACAAUCCGAGUACGCACAAUAUUCAUGUAAACUCUCAAGAGAUUCCCUGACAGUUCGGGUGCAGAUCAAAACCCAUGUGGUAUAUGAGGUUUAAUUUCUGGAUCAUUACCGUGUUACUUAGAGAUUGACUCGGGUUAUCUCCAUGACAAUUGAAGUUAUGUUGCAUCACUUUGUAAAAAUGUAUUUACUGUAAUUACGGGACCUUUGCCCUGCAACGUGAGAAUCUUUUUUUAUAAACCUUCUUAAAAAAACUAAGCAAAGUGUCUUCUUUUUUUUCCUCACGCAUUUAUUGACGAGUGGACAUUAAACUGUGUUGUUUGUAUAUGCAUGCAUGGUUUACCUAUUUAACUAAAACACAUAAAACACACAGCCACGGAAUGGCUUCCACACAUGGUGAUAGGAAUGUCCAUCACAACAUUGAUCCAUUCCAGUAUUGCCUUAUUGCAGGUCCAUCUUGGCAGAAAAUGUUUCCUGUCUGUGUUAGUCAUGAUAUUGAGUCUUUGAUUGUUUUUUGUUUUCCAUUUGAAAUGGCAGUAAUCGUAGAACUAAACAUUCUGGUUUUCAGUCCAAAGUUUUUGCCUUUGUCCAGACAUACUGAACGUGAAUAC